GAUCAUGAUUUAGUUUGUCAUACACCAAAAUGUGGAACACAUCAGUAUAUUUGGUUUUGGCCAUUACGACCUGUGUACGUUGUAAAUGGUGCAAGGAAAACCAAAAUCACAUAUGCUGUUCAAACUACUUUCUGAAUCUCACAACCAAUCAAUGCCAACUGUGUCCAGACGGAUAUUUUGAUGUGAACUGUUCCAAGACGUGUUACCCUGGAUUGUACGGAUUUCAAUGUCUUCAUGUUUGUCCAUCGGAAUGUAAGAACACGUGUCAUUACGUCACGGGAGACUGUCCAGACGCUUCUACACUGACUGAUACAGGAUCUAGCAGUGGAUACCUUAAAACAUCAAUAUCGGUACCUAUGGAAAGUUCAUCAGGAUUGUUAGAUGACAAUAUUUCUCAGCAGCGGAGGACAAAUUCGGUCAAUGGUGCAUCCACAGAGUUUAACCUGCAAGGUUAUUCAUAGUCAUUUUGUAUUUUAAAGGAUCGCUUAAUAUCCUUUCAACAAUAGAUAAUCAAAUUUAAUAAAAUAUUUAUGUUCAUCGUUUACACAAUUAUAUUAUAGAAAUUGGUUCAGUGUUGAAUUAAUAGAGAUAUUCAAGAUCAAAGCAUAAUCAGUUGGACAUUUAGGGAAACAUGUUGAAUGAAUUUAAAUUUCAUUCAUUAACGGAUCGUAUCAAAAUAUUUUGAAUAUUAUGAGAUUGACAACAGUUCCUUAUUUUCGCCUUUCGAGAAUAUUUAUAUGUAAACAUAUACCGAUGGUCUACAUUUUUCCUAUACUCUCAAUAGACAAGAAAAACUUAUAAAGGUAAAUCUGAAUUUUUACCUACGUUGCUGAUAUCUUAAUUAAACUCUUUAUACAUGUAUACGUAAUACAUACACGCCAACGCACUGUGAAACUGACGUCAUUAAUUGUGGUUAGAUAGUAAACCGAAUGAAUAUUUAGAAUUAUUAACUGACAGUCAAAAUACGCGACACAUCUAAAGCUAUUAUAUAGUAAAAUUGAUAUAUAUGAAUGCAUUUAAAGCGGUGUAUAAGAAGUAAUAAUCUCCUAUAGUUACGGAUCAACUUCAUUCCUUAUCAUUAUAUUUUUCCGAACCUUUUGGCGUUCAUUGUAAUUCUAUCAAUAGGAACAUGACUCAGAAUAAUACCGCCAUACCAACAUUUAAAAAGGAUAGGUAUUUUGGAGUACCUCGUUGCCGUUAUAUAUUAUAGAGAAGCAAAUGACCGUUUUAUACGUUAUAAAGAAUCCCGA